CCCAAACGCGCACAACAAUAUGGGAUGCCUCAACCAUCGAGCAUACUUGCGUACCCCGCCCUUGAGCGAGCCGGAAAAACGAGAUGCUUCUGGGCGAAAGGAAGAGUAUCAAGGCAGAACCUCGGCGCGGAUGAUGGAUCUGCGCUAGGGGAUUGGUCUGAGGAGUGGUUUCCCCGACACCAGGAUGGGCCGUCUUGGACAUGUUUGAAAAUAAAUGUGAAACACUCCAAUCGUGUGGGACGCGAUCAAGAUCCAACGCUGGACUGCAUGAGCCCUGGCCGGGUCGUCGAUUUGGAAUGGACAACUUGUUUCGCCGCUCACUCGCCGUCACCCGACCAAGGCAGGUCGCAGAGGACGAAGCCGUAUCUGCAGACCCGGGGGGGUUCUCAUCACUCUCAGGUCGGAGCGUGUUAAUCCUCCAGGUUGGACGGAGAUCGGCUUGGGUCGAUCCCACACGAUGCCGCCGAAUCGCUCCCGGAAUCCCGCAGCGUGCCGUCUUCUCAUCCGAUGCUGUCCGUCUCAAGAAGCCACCGCGUCACCCAGUAUGCCAACUUACUUUGUUGGCAGUAUACUGCAUCUGCCUUCCCCAAACGGACGAGCAGGAGACAUCUUGUGGUCACUCGGCUUUUCCGAUAAGCUUGGCCAUUGUGGUGUGGAUGGCCGAGUCAGCCAACAAGACUUGUUCCACGGACAAUUGCACGCUACGGUUGCAUGGGGCCCGCUUCGUCCCAUUUUCUGCACUCGUCUCUGGUAGAUUCUGCGGGUUGAGCCUUUUCGGAUCCGACUUGUGGAUGAACAGACGCAGCAUGAAGACGCUCAAUUACCCGUUUGAUCGACACCCGCAGCGGAAGACGCAAGACUGACUCAACGGCAGUGGAAGCACGAGAAACCACGUGUGGACUAGACCAAAUGUUAAUCGAGGUCGCGAGCCGUUGACGAGGACAGAGUGGCUGCGGACAAGACAGCGCUAGAGCGGUAGUUGACGUUCUUCUAGAACUAUAUCGGCAGAUGCUCCGGACCUGUCCGUAGUAGACUGGCGAUCGACAUCACCAACGCACGCUCCAUCAACGACGGACCGGUGACGAGGCGGCAGUAGGUCGGAUAGCUUGUCGCUUGACAUUUUGGCAACGAGCCAUACAGACCGCGUUGCGCCGUUCAGGGACAGUAAGCUACCCAAGUAGCCACAUGAGCUUCUCGUGUUUGAGGAAACGUUG